GUCCAUCCUGGCAGCCUGGCACUUGCUCGAUCUGGCUCCCCCAUGCCGAUCACCAUACAUACCGUUCCAAACUUCUCGCUGCCGACUAACUACCUAGACUAUGCUGCAUACUGUGGGGAACGCUGCCUGUAGUUCCAGUGUACUCCCGUCGUACAUACAAACGAUCCGUCCAACUGUCGCUCGAUGCACGUAAAUUUCCCCCUUCGCUGGGUGGCGUUCUUCUCCUUCUGUUUUGUUAUUAAUAUCUCCCUCCUCCCCUCCCUGGUCUCCCUUCUUUCCCCCUUCUCACUCCCAUCCUUCUGCCACUGUUGCGCGGUUGAUUGCUUCUCUUUCUACUUCCCCGCAACGAUGAAGUUCGGUUGGUUCGAGGCGGCGGCUUUGACUGCUGCCUCGGUGGUCACUGCUCAGGAUGACUUAGCUUUCUCGCCCCCUUACUAUCCUUCCCCAUGGGCCAAUGGCCAGGGAGAGUGGGCCGACUCCUACAAGCGCGCUGUCGACCUGGUGUCUCAGAUGACGUUGGCCGAGAAGGUCAACCUCACGACGGGUUCUGGAUGGCAGCUGGAGAAAUGUGUCGGUCAGACGGGAAGUGUGCCCAGGUGAGCAAUCAUCCAAUUUGUUGUAACUGCCGAAAGCUGACUUUACAUGGUAGACUUGGACUGUUGAGUCUUUGUUUGCAGGACAGCCCUCUGGGAAUUCGAUUUUCGGAUUACAACUCCGCAUUCCCCGCGGGUGUGAAUGUCGCCGCGACCUGGGACAAGUCUCUUGCCUACCUCCGCGGUAAGGCAAUGGGACAGGAGUUUAGCGACAAGGGUAUUGACGUGCAGCUGGGACCUGCCGCUGGUCCGCUUGGUAGACACCCGGACGGUGGCCGAAACUGGGAGGGUUUCUCUCCCGACCCAGCCCUCUCCGGCGUGCUUUUCGCAGAGACCAUCAAGGGUAUCCAGGAUGCGGGUGUCAUUGCUACCGCAAAGCACUUCAUUGUCAACGAGCAGGAACACUUCCGUCAGGUUCCCGAGGCUGCUGGCUACGGGUUCAACAUUUCCGACACCGUGAGCUCAAACUUGGACGAUAAGACUAUGCACGAGUUGUACCUCUGGUGA